UAGCCACUAUCCAUCUUUGCUUAAAAUAAUAAUUUAGUUAACAUUAAAUAUAUACUAUUUAAUCAAUUAAGUAUUUCAUAGAUUAUUAAAAAUGUAACUAUUUUAUUAUAUAAUUAAUUCAAAUGGCUUACGUUACCCAAAAAAAGAGAAAAAAAAGAGGGUAACAUAUAACAAUGAAGACGGCUUAUCAUAAUAAAAAAUAAAAAAUAAAAAUAAAAAAAUAUUAACACUUUAAAAAAGAUAUAACUUAAUUAUAAACUAAACAUAAACGUUUCGUAGGUAACAUCAACUUUUGUAUAUGCAUACUAUUAUCUACUGUGUGUAUGAAUGCGUGUGUGUGUGUGUGUCAAUAAUAUUCUAUUGCACAAAUCAACACUUAUUCAUAUACAACCAUAUAUCUAUCAUGUAACCAAUCUCAUAGUUCAGAUUUAUUAACCAAUAUUAAAAAUGGCCUUUGGUUUAUUUUUCUCUUUUUCUGCUAUAAUCUGCACAAACCAAAAACAAGAAAAAAAAAACGUUCAUUAAAGAACAAGAGCACACACCUUACAUAUUUGUACACAUACAUAUUGUAUACACAAAAAAUAUAAUUCCUUGGAGAAUAAUUAAAUUAUAAUAUUGAAGUGUAUGUUGCAUUACGUAUAACGUAUAUAGUUUAUUAUUAUGAUAGGUGAAUGGGAUAUUCUAUCUAUGUAUAUCAUCUCUAAUAGUAAAUCCUUUUUUCAUCCAUUUUUAUUGAAAUUGUGAAGAAAUUAAAGAAGAAAGAAAACUAAUCAAAUAAUAUAGAUUUAAAAAUUCAUUCAUUUUGUUACUAAAGCUUAAUAUUCAAAGAAAAAUUUUUCAUACUGUUUAAUUGGGAAGGGGGGGGCAGGAAGACUUAUUUAAUUCUAUAUCUAUAUUUAUAUAUGCAACCAAUUUAUUUGACUGAAAAUGAUCUUACAUAAUCGUGUAUAAACAAGUAAUCAAUUUCUAAUCAUUUAUAAUAUAAAACGAUAUCUCAAAUGUAUCCUAAUCUCCCCACCCAUUAUACUAUUGUCAUCUUUAUUACUUUCUAUUUAUUCACACAUUCAACAUCAUUGAACCCAUUGAAUUUGAAUGAAAAUAAUUGGAAACUAAAACAAUUUAAUUUAGAAUUAUGUAAUAAUUUAACAUUGAAUACAUUAUCGUCUAGUUUGAAUAGAACAUUAUUAUAUUAUACAGAUAUAUAUAAGUAUAUACCUAAAAUAAGUAUUAUCAUUGUAACCCAUAAUGAAAAUAUAUUCAUAUUGAAAAAUACAUUAAAAAGUAUACUCAUAAAUACAUCAUUAUUAUUAUGGAAUAAUAAUGUAAAGGAGAUUAUAUUAAUUGAUGAUUAUAGUAAUCCACCUAUAGAAGGAGAUCAAAUCAAAGCAUUAAGUAAAACUAUACGUGUAAUACGAAAUGAAAAUCGAGAGGGUUUAGUUAAAUCACGUAUGAAUGGUGCACGGAAUGCUACUGGUGAGAUACUAGUGUUUCUUGAUGCUCAUGUUGAAACAUUGGAACAUUGGUUAGAACCGUUAGUUGUCCAAUUGAUAAGCUUAAGAAAGAAAUAUCAACAAGAAAAACAUGAACAAAGGAAUCUACAGAGUCAACAGAACGAGAGAAGUACUUCAAAAUUACCAUAUCCUGUAAAACAUUUUAUUGUCAGUCCACUUAUCCUAUCAACAUUAUACAAAUCAGAUUAUGAUAAUAUUGAAGAUAAUUUAUAUUUAGGAGGUUUCUCAUGGGAUUUAAUAUUUCGAUGGCAUCAUAUUAAUGAAGGUGUAACACCAUUAUCAAUAAAAUAUAAUAAAACUGAUCCAUAUCAUUUAAUUUAUCCACAAAAAUCACCAGCAUUAGCUGGUGGUUUAUUUGCUAUUUGGAAAGAUGAUUUCUUCCAUUAUGGUGGAUAUGAUGAAGAAAUGAAUAUAUGGGGUGGUGAAAAUAUUGAAUUAUCACUUAGAACAUGGAUGUGUUAUGGACAAAUUGAAAUUAUUCCAUGUAGUCGUGUUGGUCAUAUGUUUCGUAAUAAUCAUCCAUAUACAUUUCCUAUGGGUAAAGAAUUUACUAUAUUACGUAAUCAUAAACGUACUGUAUUAGUUUGGUUUCAACAUGAUACUAAUUUAACAUUAGCUAAAGAAUAUCUAUCUUAUUUUUAUACAGUAUCACCAGAAUCUAAAAUAAUACCAGCUGGAGAUAUAAGAUCACGUAGAAUUAUUCCAAAUUCAUUAAAUUGUCAUACAUUCACAUGGUAUUUGGAUAAUAUUUAUCCUUUACUUAAAAAAGAAGCCCAAAGCAUUGUAAUCAAUGAAGAUACUUAUUAUUUAACUGCAUUUGACAACUUAUAGACUACAUUCAAAGUAACUGACAGUCUUGGAUGGUGAUUUGAUUGUGGAGUUUCUAAGGAUAAUACAAUGAAUACACCUCAGCAGAGCUAAAUUCAAAAGUGAAGACGUUAAUUAUUGUUUUAAAUAGUUUAGUUAUCAAUAGAUAUCUUCUUUUUGAGAAAGAAAUUUGAUUAUCUACUCUUUUAUAUAAUUGUAUAGAUAGAUAUUCAAAUAAAGUGUAUAUUUUGUAUGA